CAUCAGUCAGCUCAAUGUCUUUUCCACUUCAAUUUUUCACAAAUUAUUCUUGUUAUAUACAUAAACAUAACUCUGAUGAGCUCUUAGCUUCAAGAAAACCCAUUUACAAUUUGAGCUAAAAGGUAUGAUCUUUUCAACUUCUUCAUUUUUGAAUAUUUUUUCAGCUUGAAUUUUUUCAUUCUGUAAAUUGAGGCUGCAAGAAUGUGAAUUUUGACAAGAUUUGGUGUUAUUAUGGUUGAAAUUUGGUUAUUUUGGUAAAAAGAUCGGGUCUUUACGGAAACAGUCUCCCAGAGUUCCGAGUUGGUUAAGGUUUGCGUACAUUUGACCCUUAAUUAAGCAGCUUAUGGGUAUAUAUAUCUCAUUUGAACCCUAGUAGGCCACAUUUAUUGCUAGAAUUUAAUGUGAAAAGAUUUUAAUAUAUGGAUGUUGAAGUGAUUAGUGAGAGAGAGAGGAGGGGGAGGUCAGAUGUUGAAGUUUGUAUUGGUGGAGAAAGACAAGAGGGUUUUGAGUGUUUGAGUGAGAAAGAGAUUGUUGGUGAUGAUUGUGGAAGUGAGAAGCCGUAUGUUGGUAGAGAGUUUGAAUCGGAAGAAGUUGCAAAGUCAUUUUAUGAGGCAUAUGCUAAGCGUGAAGGUUUUAGCAUCCGUGUUGGUCAGUACAGUCGUAGUAAGCCGGAUGGGGAUAUUAUUAGUUGGGAGUUUUCGUGUUCGCGAGAGGUUUUUAGGAGGAAGAAUGUGGAGAGUUGUAAUGCUCUGAUUAGGGUAGAGAGGAGAGAUUUAGAUUGUUGGGUAGUGACGAAAUUUGUGGAGAAGCAUAAUCAUUCUAAUGUGGGUUCCAAUACGGUUCAUUCUAUUAGACCACGACGACAUUUUGCUGGUGCUAAGAAGAAUGUUGCUGAAACUUUUGAUGCUUCGAGUGAUAUGUUAAUCUCUAUGGAUGGGAACCUUGUAUCCUGUGGUCCUAGUCAAGGGGAUUUAAAUAAUAGCGGUGCAGAAAUACCACCUAGAAAUGUGGGCCCUAUGAAUUUUUCUCAAUCUUAUACCGCGAGGAGAACUUUGGGAAGGGAUGCUCAUAAUAUUCUUAACUAUUUUGAAAAGAAGCAGGCUGAAAACCCUGGCUUCUUUUAUGCCAUACAACUUGAUGAUGUAAAUCACUUGACAAACGUCUUUUGGGCUGAUGCAAGAUCAAGGAAUGCAUAUAGUCACUUUGGGGAUGCUGUUAUAUUUGAUACCAUGUAUAGACCUAAUCGGUUUUUGGUACCGUGCACUCCCUUCACUGGUAUAAAUCACCAUGGUCAAGUGGUUCUUUUUGGAUGUGCAUUGCUCAUGGAUGAAUCUGAGUCGUCUUUUACGUGGUUAUUUAAAACAUGGCUCUCUGCAAUGAAUAACCGUCCUCCAGUUUCCUUAACUACUGACCAAGACAGAGCAAUUCAGUCUGCAGUUAAUCACGUGUUUCCGAAAACUCGUCAUUGUAUUUGCAAGUGGCAUAUUUUGCGAGAAGGUCAGGAGAGGUUAUCAAAUGUCUUUCUUUCACAUCCUCCCUUCUAUGGAGAGCUUUAUAGUUGUAUCAACUUUUCAGAGACAAUUGAGGAUUUUGAAUUAUCAUGGUGUUCUCUCAUUGAUAAAUUUGGUCUUCAGAAGAUUGAGUGGCUUCAAGCUGUGUAUAAUGCUCGCAGACAGUGGGCUCCAAUUUAUUUCCGGGGUACAUUUUUUGCUACGAUUUCAGCUGACCAGGGGUUACACUCCUUUUUCAGUGGGUAUGUAAAUCAGCAGACCACCAUAUCCUCAUUCCUUACGCAGUAUGAAAGAGCACUGGAAAGUUCAUUUGAAAGAGAGGCGCUUGCAGAUUAUGAUACCAUUUGCUCCACCCCAGACCUGAAAACACCAUCACCAAUGGAACGACAGGCAGCAAAUCUUUACAGCAAAAUGGUUUUUUUGAAGUUCCAGGAGGAACUAGUUGAAACUUUUAUAUAUACUGCCAAUAAGAUUGAAGAUGACGGAGUCAUCAGUAAAUUUAGAGUUGCAAAAUAUGAAUAUGACCACAAAGCCUACACGGUCACAUGGAAUGUCUCGGAGAUGAAUGCAAAAUGCAGUUGCCAGAUGUUUGAGUACUCUGGUAUUCUCUGUAGGCACAUAUUGACCGUUUUCACUGUGACAAAUGUUCCCACGCUUCCUUCCCAUUAUAUAAUCAAGAGGUGGACCAAAAAUGCCAGAAUCGAUGAUUGGUCAGAAAAAAUUGAUAUUAAUACAACAGAUAUGGAUUCAUUGACUGUGCGUUUUAAUAGUCUAUGCCAGAAGGCCAUCAACGUUGCAGAGGAAGGAGCAAUUACUGCAGAAACCUAUAAUACUGUUCUGAAAGUACUGAAAGAUGUUUCUAAGAAAGUUGCUGUUAUGAAGCAAAGCAUAGCUAAAGUUUCACCUCCAAACUUUCGGAGCAUAGUCAAUAACCAGCAAGAUAAUAAUAAGACUCCUAUAUUGGCAUCUGACCUGACUGUGAAUGAUACAUUGUGGCCUUCAAAAAAAUGCAACACCAAAUGGUUAUAAUCGUAACAAUUCCAGUGUUCCUGUUGCAGAUCCAAGCCAUCUAGGUAUUGCUCCAAUGUGUGUCAAUUGUGAAAGCGGCCCUCCUGAUACCCUGGUAAUAUGCAGGGAAGACUGUAGUUUUCAUGUUACAAAACAUGAAAUCUUCAAUAAGAUUGUUUCUUUGUUAUAUAUAAUCUGCAGGGAGUUCUCACAUGCUUUAAAUCCAUGACUUGGGUCUUAGAAGCAAAGGAUUCCACAGCACUACAUAAAAUAGCUGUGAUCAACCUUAAGCUACAAGAAGACAAUGACAACCCUCCGACAGAAUCAGAAGUGCAAUUUAGGCUCACAAGGGUUUCUUUAGAGCCUAUGUUGAAAUCCAUGAUGCGCAUUAGCCAACAGCUUUCAAUUCCAGCUAAUAGAGUAGCAGUUAUAAGUUUAAAGCUACAAGAUACCAAGACUACCGGAGGAAUAACAGAGGUGAAAUUUCAAGUUUCAAAAGAUACACUGAGUUCCAUGUUGAGAUCAAUGGUGUACAUUCGUGAGCAACUGUGAAUAUAUGUUGUAAGCAUCUCCUUUCGGACUUCUUGUUAUCCAAGUAAAGCUUUCCUUGAAUGUAUUGGAAGAUAGUUCUUAUUGUCUGGGAGAGAUUCUUCAUCUGAGCUGCGACACAGAUAAUCCAACAAACUCAAACCAAAAUAGUCCUGAUCAGGCCUCCCAAGCUCAACUUCAGCAGUGGACAAAGAGGAUAGGAUGCAAAGGGAAAUUUUUCCCCCAGGAAGAUUGGCUACUAACCGACUAAAUUCAUCUAAUCGCGAAAACUAGGAUUAUGAAUGAGCAAACCACUUUCACUGUUUUAGUGAUCACAUCCCUAUCUGUCAGUAUGAUGUAACAGAAGGAAAUUUUAGUCUAUUGAAAAUAAUACAUGCUGGAAGCUCCUGUAAAGAAUAAGUUAAAUCAUGCUUUCAACUAGGCUA